UUGAAAGAAAAGCUUAGACAAGAAUCAGUGAACUGCGAAGAGGUGACGCAUGUGGUUAUCACACAUGGACAUAUUGAUCAUUGUGGUAAUGUUAAUUUAUUUCCACGCGCACAGUUCUAUAUGGCUCGAGAUAUUGCGGGGAAUUGUGAGUAUUCUGAGUUAAGAGAAAAUAGUUGUGAAUUGUUCCCAAACGUUGAACUACGAGUCUUAGAUGGCCAUACUGAUUGUGAUUUGGUAGUUAUAGUGCAUGGUACGAAGUUAGGAAAUGUUGCAAUCGCAGGUGACAUAUUCGAAAAUGAGGACGAUGAAGAAGAAUACAUCAAGUAUUCACAGUACCCUGAUAAGCAACGUGUUAGCCGUCAAAAAUUAAACGAAAUCUCAGACUUUAUAAUUCCCGGCCAUGGCGUUAUGUUCAAAGUUUCCAAACAAAAAUAA